AUGACGAACCAAAAUAAGCGCAAGCGCAACAUUGCCAUCCUUUGCAGCGUGGUGGACUCGGCCCAUAAACGCCGCAGGACCAGUGGCCUGACUUUUGCUCCCGCUACCCAGCUUGAAUCCCAAGCACCCACUACGGUACCCCAGAGUUUGCCCCGGGCCCUUUUCAAGACGUUCCUCGAACCCGUGGUGAUUGCAAUGGAACGAAACCCCCUGAACCUCAAGAUGCAAAUGGAGGGAUGCAUUGCCUUGCGGAACCACACCAAGGCAAUUGGUACCAUGGACCGGGCAAGCCUCUCUGCCCUUCUCUCCGUGCUUCGAAAGCAUUCCGAUUCAUUGGUGCUCUGCCUGGCACUAGACACUCUACGAUCAGCUUCUCGAGAUGCCAACUUUCGCAGUAUGAUUGCAGACCAUUCCGGCAGCAUGGCGACGCUCCUCGAUACCCUUCAAGCUUCCCCCAUCGAUGGCCGCCUUCAAGAGAUCGGCGUUUCUUUGUUCUCCUACCUCGUGGAAGAACCUGCAUGCCGAAAACAGCUCAUUGAGCAUGGGGGAGUCGAUGUCAUUAUCAGCUCCAUGAGAAAUCAUGCCUCCAAUACUCUCAUCCACUGCAAUGGAGCUGCUGCGCUUUCCUGGCUCGUACACCUGAACCACGACAACGCCACGGCAGCCCUCGUUGCAAACCCUGAUGCCAUCCCCACCAUCUACACUGUGAGCAAGGAAUUCGUGGACAACGCAUCUGUGCUUGGAAACUGCAUGUGCAUCUUGUUUGGAGUUCGCGUCGGCAACAGAGCGGUCCUCGAAGACUAUCCCGAGCUUGGCGGCGCACCCAUGAGGAAACUUAUUCAGUUGGGUCUGCGGAAUAACCCCAAGGUCAUCAAGGUACAACGCAACUGCCUGAUGCUAUUGCGUCUCGUCACUGAACCAGAAGAGAACGAGGUCGAGAUGUCGCUCGACAACGAGGAUGUCACGAGCUAUGAUGACUGCAUUGCUCUGGUCCUGACCAGCAUGAAAGAGUUCUCGAUGGAGGUCGAAAUGCAAUACUUGGGUUCACGUGUACUUGCAAACCUCGCGGCCACCCCGGGCCUUAGGCAAAGAAUCGUGGCCACCAGUGGUUGUAUCAACCAAGUGACAGCGGCGCUUCUGCAACACAAAACAGACACCCGUAUCCAGCGUGCAGCGAUCUAUUUCCUGUACGAAGUUCUUCGUGAAAGUGCGAGCCAGAAAGGAUCCGAGGCUUUUGGAGGAGGCAUCUCGGUACUGAAGGAUAUGCUGGAAGGGCUUGGAGUUCUGGGCGAGCAUCAUGACUGA